AAUGAAUGCCAUGGGUUUGAGAUAUCAUUAGCCGCACCACAGCUGCAGAGACACAACCGAUUGGAUCCGCUUUUGGGGACCGAAUCGGAUGGACACGAGUCCGGCGGACACGAGAAGCGGUCGGCCGUCGCUGUCAUGCGAUAUGCAGUCAACGGUCGUUAAUAACGGCUUAAUUGGCGCCAAUCAUAACAAUGCCAUCAAAUUAGUGAAAGCCAUCUAUCAGUUUAAGGCCAAUAAUAAUGACGAGUUGUGUUUCGACAAAGACGAUAUAAUAACGUUAACCCAAUGGCCAUCGGGUGGCUGGUGGGAGGGCACCCUCAACGGCAUCACCGGCUGGUUUCCAUCCAAUUACUGCCAACCGUUGACCGCAUCCGAUGCCGAACUCAAAGACACCGACGGCCUCUCUCUUGGCUUAAAUAAUGUGUCCAAUAGUCACGACACAGACGCCCAACAGUACAGACAAAUGGUGUUUCAAGACAUUGAGGACACGGAGUCGGCGUAUGUCAGGGAUAUGAUGGACACGAUUAACAGAUACCUAAAGCCUAUACAACACUCACAGAUUUUGCCAGACAAUGAAAUCAAUUCAAUCAUACGUAUCGUACAAGAGAUCUGUUCAGUUCACCGGCGCUUUCUGGUCACACUUAACGGCCUUAAUUCUCUACCCCAUAAGGAGGUCCGAAUCGGUGGCGUAUUCUUGGAGUUCGCGCCCCAUAUAAAGGCCGUACACUUAGACUACUGUUCAAAUCACGCAAAGUUUGUCCACUCGAUUGAGAAAUACAAAAAAGAUAUCUGCGCUCUGUUUAGUAGUCUUAACCCAACCGAUGGUAACGCCGGUAACGUUCAGUUGACGUCGUGUUUGAGUGCCUCAUUCAGACGGAUCGACAAAUAUCCGGCUCUACUCCAAGAGCUACAGAGAUAUACCGAUGAAAGUCAUAUCGAUAGAGGAGAUACACAAAGGGCUGGCUUUGUAUUCAGAGAUCUAUCGAUGUCUUGUCUUGAGCUGAGACGACAGAAGGAGAUGGAACUGGAGGUGAUGUUAGGGAAUAUCAAGAACUGGGAUCAAGGAUUGAAGAAUAUCCAAUCGUACGGCGAAAUAAUACGUAUGGAUUCCGUGAGCAUUCAUAUUAUCCCGGAUUACUCUGAGAUGAAGAAAGACCGAUAUCUGGUCCUCUUUCCGCAAAUACUGCUCGUGUUGUCCGUCAGCACCGAAAUGACAUCAUUUGUGUUUGAA